GUCUCCAAUUGUUUGGGGGCAACCCCUAUUGCGCACAUAGUUGAAUGUCGUAGUUAAGUUCCCUCGUUUGCAUUUGGUGGCGUUUAGACUGAACUGCAGCGAAGGAAACAAUCAAUAGUACAGAAAACCUCAUCAAUCUUAUUUCAAAUCCACAGUCAAAACUUCCAUUUUAAUUUCACCAUUUUAAAAACAUUUUGGAUUUGCGCCGGUGUAUUGGGCACGAGGUACCAUGGACAAUGCUUUUGACAACCUGGAUGCUGUGGGCUUCCUACAGAUUUGGCAACAUUUCGAUGUUGACGAUAAUGGUUAUAUUGAAGGAAAGGAAUUGGACGACUUUUUUCGACACAUGAUGAAAAAACUUGGGAUGAGCGAUGAAAUAACAGAUGACAAAAUUAGACGAGUGAAAGAAAGGUUCAUGUCAGCUUAUGACACCACAGCGGAUGGUCGCCUGCAAAUCCAAGAGUUGGCCACCAUGAUGCUACCGGAGGAGGAGAACUUCCUCCUACUGUUCCGCAGAGAGACGCCAUUGGACAACAGUGUGGAGUUCAUGAGGAUCUGGAGAAACUAUGAUGCUGACAGCAGUGGAUACAUAUCAGCUAUAGAGCUCAAGGGUUUCCUGCAGGACCUGUUUCUCCAGCACAAGAAGACCAUCUCCCCCAACAAACUGGAGGAGUACACCGACACCUUGAUGAAGAUGUUUGACAAAAACAAUGAUGGCAGGCUGGAUUUGAAUGACCUAGCCAGAAUCCUUGCUCUGAAAGAGAACUUCUUGCUGAAGUUUGACAUGAAUGCUUGCAGUCAAGAAGACCGGAAGAGGGACUUUGAGAAGAUAUUUGCCCACUAUGAUGUUAGUAAGACGGGUGCUUUGGAGGGUCCGGAGGUGGAUGGCUUUGUCAAAGACAUGAUGGAACUGGUCACGCCUACCAUUAGUGGAACGGACCUGGACAAAUUCCGCAAGGUCCUGCUGGGCCACUGUGACAUGAACGGUGAUGGAAAGAUCCAGAAGAAUGAACUGGCCCUGUGCCUCGGCCUGAAAUACUCCAGUUAAUAGUACUAAUUACCCUAGUUAGCACCACAGGCUAACCGCUAACUCAUUGAUAGCAUGCCGCAAUGCAAUAGCUCAUAGCUUUUAGACAACCAAAGAGCAUUGCAUGAUGGUUGGUUGAAAGGAAGUUGUUGCAUAGAGUAGACCCAUUGGGGAAUUUGUUUUGUGAUCCUUCAUUUUGUUUGACUGUAUCUGUUGAUGACAAUUCUGAGUACCUUUGAGAAUGUUGUGUGUGUGUGUGUACUAUUUCGUUUGCACGUUGCAUACGCCUGCCUAUAACUUGCAAAAAUAUAGUGGUGAAAUAAGUAUUUUGGGAUUUAAGUUUUGGGAUAUUUGUAGGUUGUAUUGAUUUAAUUACCAUGAUGGGUGCAUUUACUUGUCAGAACUCUGUUGUUUUUAUGUGCAAAUAAUAUGGUGAAAAUAAGUGCCAUUAAUGGUUUGACAUUUCACCUCCUACUUUAAAUGGUAUUUGUAGAGAAUGUACUAUCAACAUGUAACAUGUAAUGCAAUACAGUAUGACAAUCUCUGUG